AAUCAAAGGUACCGGAUAAAUUCUCGUGAACGUCGAUAGCUUUGAUCUCUACUGUCGACAACAUCAGUCGAUAGUGAAUGUGUCACAGUUGCUAACGUCAUAGAUUCCAGUGGUGUUAUGUGUCUUCAACUUGUUAAUAUCUUGUGCAUUGCUUAUAGCGGCGUGUAACAGGUGGUAACUGUCAGUGAGACAGUAUGGUAUGUGGAGUGCGUGUUCAUGUACGUGCAGUUUCAGUAAGCGUUGUGGGAUACGCAUAUCUCUUCCUACGUUGGAAAUUGAAAUUCAUCCCAAUGUUUAGCAUCAAGUGAAGUGGUAUGUUACUGCCAGUUCGGACGUUACCGAAACAGCCUAUAAACACUGACUAUUUCUGUAAAAUUAUUUGUGUUAAUACCUCAUAAAAUGGAGGUGAAUUAUGAUCAGGAUGUUGUAUCAAAAUCCACCAACAGAACAGAAGAAGAGACUACAGGCAUAACAUCGAGCAACGGAGAACUUUUAAUAAGUCGUAGAUCCCGAAAAUGUACUCAGUAUUUAGCUGCGUUUAUCGUCACAGUUGGUGCAUUUGCCGUUGGGAACGUUGUGGCCUGGUCAGCACCAGCAAGCAGAGAACUCCAAUUAAAAUUUAAGUUUACAUUGUCUCAAGUAUCUUGGAUCAGCUCCUUUAUGGUACUUGGGAGUGGAGCAUCCGUUAUGCCUACUGGGUACUUAGUUGAUAAAUUUGGACGGAAAUCUGUAAUGCUGGCGUUGACAAUCCCAUUUGUUGGGGGCUGGGCUUUAAUUGCCUGGGCAAAUACAUGGGCACUGUUUUGUGCUGGCCGUUUCAUCACGGGCAUGGCUUGUGGAGCAUAUGCAAUAUCAGCACCGAUAUAUAUUUGUGAAAUAGCAGAGACUGGAAUAAGGGAAAUGCUUGGAACCUGCUUCCAGCUAAUGAUAAAUGUUGGAGUUGUUUUUGCGUAUGUAUUAGGCAGAGAAUUGGAUAUAUUCUGGUCGUCAGUAGUAUGUGGUGUUGUACCAAUAAUUUAUGGUAUUAUGUUUGCUUUUAUGCCAGAAACGCCAGUGUAUUAUAUGCAUAAGGGAAUGGAAAAUGAAGCGAAAACAUCUCUUUUCUGGCUUCAAGGACCUGAUUGUGAUGUGGAGGAAGAGUUGUUACAGAUAGGAAGAAAUUCUGAUGAUAACGAUGGAGCAACCAAAGAUGCCCAGAGCUCCAGAACUGCUAAGGUAGCAUUUUUUAUUGCAUUUGGCCUAAUGUCGUUUCAGCAGCUCUGCGGUAUUAAUGCUGUGAUAUUCUACACAACAGACAUAUUUCACUUUGUUGGGAGCAGUAUUGAGCCAAGUAUAUGUACAAUAAUUGUUGGAGCGAUACAGGUAAUUGCGUCUCUGUGCACAUCGUUACUUGUUGGUGUACUGGGUUGCCGUAUUUUGCUACUUAUUUCCAGUUUUGUCAUGUUUAUAUGUAUGUAUUUGCUGGGGUUAUUUUUUUACCUCCAAGGGAAAUAUGGAAUGUCAUACAUCAUAGAUAUUGAAUGGUUGCCACUUGUGAGUAUUUGUUUGUAUGUUGCAGUAUAUUCAUUUGGUUUUGGCCCUGUACCUUGUAUAAUGAUGAGUGUCUUGUUUCCAAGGCAUAUUAAAGGUUUUGCUAGCUCUGUGACGUGUUUCCUAAGUACUGUUUUAGGUUUUGUUAUUGCCAAAUUCUUUUCUGACCUGAUAGAAAAUGUUGGUAUUGCCUCAACAUUUUGGCUGUUCUCAGUUCUCACAGCAAUUGGUAGUGUGUUUGUGUUUUUUGUUGUUCCUGAGACCAGAGGAAAGUCAUUAGAGGUGUUGCAAAGGGAACUUGCUGGUGAUGACUCUCGUGAUGCAUUAAGGUCUUAAUUUUAUACUCUUACUUACAUUAUGUUUCUUUCUGUUCCAUAGCCUAUGGUAACAGAUCAUGAGAUUAUUUUUAUGAUUUGCAUGUUUCACAUUUUAAAGAUGUAUGGGUUUGAUGCUACUUCCUAUGUAUUUGUAGCAUAAUUUGGACAUAAACUAGUAGAUAUCUUUGUAUGAUAUUGAAGAUGUCAGUAUUCAUAAAAUGUAAGCAUAUAUCACUACUUACAGAAAUGUUUUUAAUAAAUUUUAAAAAAUCAA